GGUCACACUUGAGUGAUCACAUUAUACCUAUAGUUAUCGACAGUGUAACGCCAGUCAGUAACGGGCUUCCGGAUAGGCAGCAUCAAAACAAAUUUGACGGAUUCAUAUACAAGAAUACAUCAUGGCAAUAAUGGACACUACAAAAAUAUUCAAAAUAUCAAUAGGAUGUGCUUUAGCUGGAUGUAUAUUUCACCUGGUCGGUCUAGCUACACCUAUUUGGACCUCGCAAUGGUCGGAUCUACUGCUUUCUCUUACGGGUCCUCACUCCGGUUUGUUCACAAAAUGCGGGAUAUUUUUUUGUGAACCCAACCCUCAAACAGAGAGUUGGUUCAAGGCUACCCAAGCGUUUGCCAUACUUGGAGUCCUGGCCGGCUUUGCUUCUUUAGUGGUGACCGUACUGUAUCUGCAAUAUGAGAAGCUGAAGACGGACAUAAUGUACAAAGCUGCAGUUGGAGGUCACAUUGCGGCAGCGGUAUUCAUCUUCCUGGCAGUCGUCAUUUACGGAGCUAAGGCCAUUGGGAAUUUGGCCUUGUCCUUCGGAUUGUCCAUCGUUGGGAUGCUAUUCCACGCAGUCGCAGGAAUUCUAAUGGGUAUCGACAAGUUCAAGACCAUACCACAAUAGACUGACGAAGGAACGACAGUGGUGGAGUUAUCGCCUUUUGUAAUUUGCUUUCUUGUAAUAUUUUUACAUUAACCGCUUUUAAAUACUUUUAUUUACUGUACGAAUGGUCGUCAUCAUGUUGCUUUAUUUAUCUCCGUUUCAAGUCUUCCUGUCGUUCAAUCGGAUCAAUUCGCCAUUUUUUCGUCACAUUUGAACAGUUUAGCGGAAGGUUUCGAAAUAAGGCAUACUUGUAAUGCGAACAAAUGAUAUCUCUCUCCUUAAUGAAAAUAACUAAUUAUUAUAAACAAUCUCAAUAAUCUCAGAUCUGAAGAGGACUUCAAGGCACACUUAACCUAUACAGCCCCUGAAGCCCUCAUCACACUCUAAAACAUACCCCAGUUUUUAUCUUUUAUCUAUACCUUGCACAAAACAUCACCCCCCCCCCCCUCCAACUAAUCACUGUAAAUAACCCCCUUUUCACGCCUCUGCAAUAGGACCCCCGUAAUUUAAAGAAGAAGAAACCUGAUCCCAUGAUCCCAUGAUAAUAUUUUUAUUUAAAAACAUUGCAGAUCUCAUGUAUGAUUUUUUAUGUAAACAAAUACAAGAAGAACAUGUUUGAGGAUCUAGAUUACAAAAUAAGAGAAGUGGGGUUUUAGCUAAAUGAGAAGUAAAUAGAAACCUUAAAAUUGUUAAUUUAAUGAUAUAAUUCUGUUGGUGUUUUUGUUCAAACAGAGUGUAGGAAGAGUGAUAUUUUUAGAUACACCAUGUAUCUUUUUUAUCCUCGCAUGCAUCUUUGUUUGUGUCACGUGAUCAACAUGCAAAGCUACAGGUGCACAUGUUUAUGUCACAAUCAAUUGAUUAAAACAAAUAGUCCUUGUUAUUCUUAAUGAUUUAUUUUAAACGGACAGGUAUCAUGGUUUAUUUCAUAAUCAAUAAACACUGAUUCAUUUUUGAUAAAAUCGAAAUAACUUUUCCACAAAACAAACAUGGCGCAGUAAGUUCACGGAUGUGUAACGUCAACCUGUCAGAAGAUAGAAUUACAAAUACCGCGCCAAACAUUUUAUAAGACAAUGUCAUCCCAUGUGGAGAAUAGCCAAAUUUAAGAUUUUUAUGAUUGGUCCUGUAUAUAACGAACGAUUGGUCCUCAGUAUAAAUACAAUAAUUGGCUCCCAGUUGUUUCUAUUCUGUCACCCCUCAGGUCAAAACAUGAUUUGGGUCGUAUUGCAACUGGUUUUGUUCAUGUAGUAUUUAGCAGAAAAACCCAUGAUUCAUGAAGUCAUUUGACACUGUCAUAAAUGUUCCACACAAAAUUCACAAUAAAGCGAUAGUAAACAUCUUACCAAAACAGAAAUCUAUCAAUCACUUCACUAGAGAAAAAGUAACAUUUUAUAAGGACAACGGAAGACGACUUUUCUACUUAGUAUGUAUUUAUAUCGUUUUGCAUUCCUGUAUAAAUAUCGUAUCACAAGUUGAAUUUGUUAUUAAUGAAUUUGUUUGUAUUACACUUCAUAGAACGACUGCAUGUUAAUAUAUGUUAUGUUGUUAUCAAUAUGAAACAUAGUGGCAGUAUUCAACAUUAUUUUGCUUUACCAUUUACCGAAUAAUAAUGUUCAUUCCAUAUAGAUCACUAUUGAAAUCAAACAAAUUAUUUUUGGUCUAUUAUAUUAAUUUGCUAGCAUGGAAGUUAAGUAUUGCCAGGGAUGGGACCUCGGGAUCAACAACCUAACCAGUAUGUGUCCCUCUCGUGAUGGAAAUUAAGUACUGCAAAGGGAUGGGGCCUCGGGAUCAACACCCUUAAAAGCAUGUGUCCCUCUCGUGAUAGAUAUUAAGUACUGUCAGGGAUGGGGCUUCGGGAUCAACACCCUUACUAGUAUUUGUCCCCAAAUAACGGAAAUAAGUAUUGCCUGGGAUGGGGUCUCGGGAUCAACACCCUAAACAGUUUGGCCCCUCCAGUGAUGGAAAUUAAGUACUGCCAGGGAUGGGACCUCGGGAUCAACACCCUUACUAGUAUUUGUCCCCAAAUAACGGAAAUAAGUAUUGCCAGGGAUGGGGACUCGGGAUCAACACCGUUAACAGAAUGUGUCACUGUCGUAAUAAAAGUUAAGUAUUGCCAUGAAUGGGACCUCGGGAUCAACAACUUUACCAGUAUGUGUCCCUUAUCGUAAUGGAAAUUAAGUGCUGCCAGGGAUCGGACCUCGGGAACAAAAUUAGCUAACUUGUGGAAUUUGUUCCACAUUAAAUGGAUGAAGUAAUUAUUUUAUCUGCACAUAUACACUGCAAGUCUUUGUUUCUGAUUAAUUAAAUAAAA